AUGUCUGUGCAAGGAAAAAAACUACAGACCAAAUCAUCAAAGAAAGCGAACGAUCAGUCAAAAGAAGAGACUGUCGCAAAAGUGAAGGCAAUCCGCGAGAAACAGAGCCAAUGGAUGAAGGAAAGGGAAGUAUCGAAGUCUUCGUUGACGAAACUUAAGGCUAUAAACAAAGAGCACACUCCUCUUCCCGAUGUGCCAAAAGUUAGAGCGCUUUCAACGGUUUCUAGUGGCUCUUCCGAGGGCUCUGCACACAGGAACCCCUACAGCAAUCCACGCAGGAAACCUUUAUAUCCUGAGCCACAGAGAGACCACUCAAAUAUGGUCUCUUGGAUAUCAAAGGGUGAUAACCCAGCUGCAAAGAAACAAAGACCGCCUUCUGCCUCUGGUAAACAUAGCAGGAAUGCUAGCUUAACACAAUCAUCUGCUCGGAGUGAUUUUCAGUUAAACAGUAAGGAGUACACAGCCUCUAGUUACCGAAAUUCCAGUUCUGCAGGAAAUUUAAGCAGUGCAGCUCUUUCAUCAAGUAAACAGACUCUUCAUAAUAAACUACGGCCAUCGUCAAGAACAUCUGUAAAGUCAGAUACAAGUUUCCAUGGUAAUGAUAAACUUGGAAGCCAUCACCAUGUUGGUGAUGACGAUGAGGAAAACAAUCUAUCUAGGCAUGGUGCCAUGAGUGAUCAUUUGACAGUUAACAGUAACCAAAGUAAUACAACUAUUCCAAGUGAAACUUCUUCAAAAUUUAACACACCGGAAUUAUCAACUGAUAUGUUGAAUGCCUUAGCCGAUACUGUUGCUCAGAAACUAAAAGCUUCAUUACAGCCCACUGUCAAUCACAAACGAAUGCAGCAGAGUGUUGAUGAUGACACUGAAUCAGACAUUGCCAGUCAUUUCUGUCCGCUGUGCAAUAAAAUGAUGUCAGGCAUCAAAUACACACCCAUGGCUGCUAUACCUUGUGGACACACCUUUUGCCAAAGCUGUCUGCGUGAAUGCAAAAAAUGUCCGACUUGUCAAACAACCAUCAGGUCAACUGCAGUUAAUACUGUCAUGCAAGGAAUAAUUGCAGACUUUAAAGAGCAAAAGGAGAAAGAAAGACUUCAAAAGUUGGAAGAACAAACUAGACAAUAUGUGGACGAAUAUCAGUCGUUAGCCUUGAGGUGCAAUGCAUUAAAUAGUGAGUAUUUUUCGUGUCGUGCUUGAGGCAGUUUUAAAGGGGCAGUGUGAUCUCUAAGAUUAAUUGCUUCAUAAACUGCAGUGGGAAACAUCUGUAUGGAGAUCCCAGAGCAAUGACCUGGUCUUCUGACUUCCCAAAAGCUGCCAUAUCUAGAACAAUAAAUGUGUCUAUAAAAAAUUUGGCUAAGGAAGGGGAGGAAAGGAUUGGCCUUAAACUUAAGAAGAUAGGGCCAACAUUUGAGUGAGCAAUUAAGUCGCUUCAGCAGCACUGUUCAGGGCUCAAAAAAAACUUAGAUCCCAGCUUGCCCUUUGGGCAAGCAGCUCUUGCAUUUUGCUAGCCCAGGGCCACUUCUUGCUUGUCUUAGUUAAUGAUUUAGUUAAAGAUGACAUGCAUAAAACCUUUGCCCGUUGGGCAAGUAAGCUAUAAAAGUUACUUGCCCAGCAAGAAAAUCUACUUUUCCUGAACUACCAUAUGGGACUUUUUUGGAGCCCUAAGCCCUAGGAUUUCAAUUUCGGUGGAAAACAAUAAAUUUUUUGUUUCCACCCCCAGAGAUCUGGGAAAACCAUCCGUAGCAUUUUUGGUUCCAUGAAAAUUCAUGGGAACCCACCUCUUAAAUGUUUUCUAUUUUGGAAGUCAUACAUUGUAUUUUUUUUUACUUGGUCCUGAAAGCCAUAAACCAGUAACAUUCAAUGCGCUUUGGAAACAAUUCAAGAUGGCAAACAAUAGAAAGAUGACAGAUGCUAAUCAACGUUUUAGUUUCAUAUAUAACCCGAGAAAUAACUAAGAAUUGUUCUACUAGUUAAGAAUCUGAGUGGAAAAAUAGUGAAUUUCUGAAAAUUGACCUCUAAGGCUGAAAAUGUUACUGGGAAACUAUUUUUCAGUUCCGUUAUUUUAAGACCACGGUAACGGCAGGGUGCCAGAAACAAUAUUGUUGUUACAGUAAAAUCCUAGGGAUUGGAGCCUUGAUUGUUGUUUUUAUAUAGAGUUCUUCUUUGGCAGAAUUAACCGAUUUGGGGAAGCUCAAUUGCAUUCACCAGCUAACAGUGACUUUAUGCAUUGAAUAUAUUUUUAGGUGAAGCUGAAACCAUUCUUAACACCAUGGAAGAAGUCACAGAACAGCUUCUUGAUGAAAAGAAAUUAAUGAAAAAACUGGAAAUGGAUGAAACAGAGAUAAAAGAUAAGAUUAAUCGGCUGCAAACAGAGCUUGAUGCGAUAAAAGUAAAAGAGGAGGAUUGCGAAAGCAGAUGUCAUGACUUGGAGCUUAGAUACAACGAGGAAAAAGAAAGACUUUCAUUGGUUGAGGAUACUGUACAGCGAAUUGGAAAAAGCAAAGAAAGAGUCAAAAUGAUGGUGCAUAAUUUUGCACCAUCACUGAACUUAGAUGAUUAUGACUAA